AUGCAGAGCGCUGUGUCAGAGGAGCCGGUCUUGGGCUUCAUCUUCCAUUUCAGAGCCUGCAAGGAUGCUUCCAGCAGUAGCCUGCUCAGGCUCUCCCCUCCUGAGUUGACACUCCGGGAUUCCAAGGGGUCUCUGGAGCGAGGAGCUAUUUCUGGGCCCAGACCCUGUGAAUGUGGGGCUAAUGUGGACCAGAUGCCCUACUUGACAUCUCCCGAUAAGGGGUGGAUCGAAGCCGUGAACAAGCCCUAUGACAUCAAGAGGUCCAGCUGGGUCAAGGAUGAGAAGGAGGGCUUUGUCGCUGGGGAGAGCCAGUCUGAACAGGGUGACCAAGUCACCAUGAAGACGAUCACCAACCAGACGCUCAUCAUGAAGAAAGAUGACAUCCAGCAGACGAACCAUCCCAAAUUCUACCAAGCCAGCGACAUGGCUGAUAUGACUUUCCUGAAUGAGGCCAGCGUCCUGGACAAUCUGCAUCAAUGCUACAUCAACAUGAGGAUCUAUAUGAGUGUCAGGGCCAGGACCUACUCGGGCUUGUUCCGCGUGACAGUCAGCCCCUACCGGUGGCUGCCCAUCCACGGGGCCCGCGUGGCCAACAUAAAGGCUGCUGCUGGUCCGAAACCCGAAGGAGUGCCCCUGGUGAGCCAGGGCAUCACCGCGGUGGGCAACAUGCACGACGGGGAGGGGCUGCAGAUCACAGACGUGGGUGGGCGGGCGGGCAAAGCCGGUGAAAGACGGGGCGACUCUGGGGCCCUGCAGGCACUGCCAUCUGAACUGGUGGCCGACAAAGUUGCCCACCUCAUGGGUCUCAGCUUCAGGGAGCGCCAGAAGGGCAUCACCAGGCUGCGGGUCAAAGUAGGCAAUGAGCUGGUGCAGGAGGGCCAGAACACGGAGCAGUGCCAGAAAUCCAUCGGGGCCCUGGGCAAGGCCAUGUAUGACAAGAUGUUCAAGUGCCUGGCGGUCAGGAUCAACAAGAUCUUGGACACCAAGAUGCAGAGGCGGUUCUUCACUGGGGUGCUGGACAUCGCUGGCUUCAAGAUCUUGGAGGCCUGUCUGGCCUCACGUUGGCGUAGCCACCCUCCUUUGAUAAGAGCCUUUUCAUCAAGGUUCUCUCGCUUCUCACCUUCGACUUGGGGCUGGCCAAUCUCAGUCUGCUCCUGGCUCUCCGGCUUCUGA